CUCUGCCUCCGGUCACCCCCACAAAACCCUACCCCUCUUCCAAAACCCUCGCAUCGUCGUCUUCCUCGGUCGGCCCACCUGCGCAAGCGCGCCUCCAGCCCACAUCUCUCGCCCUCGACUGGGAGGAGAACCAGCAGAGCGCAGCCGAGAUGCUCGGGGCCUCGAGGCGAUCCCUCUGCGCCGGCGCCGCCGCCCGCCGCCACGCCGCCGCCUUCGCGGUCUCCGGAGACGCCGCCGCCGCCGCCUCCUCCUCCCCCUCCCUCUCCCCCUCGGCCCCGCCGCGUUCGGUUACAAACCCAGAGCCUGGUGUUUCUCGGCUUGGAGGGAAGAGGUUGUUCUCUGUGCUUGCGGCUCCCAAGCUUAAUGGAGCUGAAAGCUUGUCGUCCCUCAAGCUGAGGGAGAGUGCCCUUGUUGGGAGACGGUAUGAAUCGAGUGCUGCAGCAGUUGAUUCAUCUGACGCGCCACCUGCCGAGAAGUUUGAGUAUCAGGCUGAGGUCAAUAGGCUCAUGGAUUUGAUUGUGCACAGCUUGUAUAGCAACAAGGAAGUGUUUCUUCGGGAGCUGGUCAGCAAUGCAAGUGACGCACUUGACAAAUUGCGCUAUCUGAGUGUCACUGAUCCUGAUCUUCUUAAGGAUGGCCCUGAACUUGACAUUCGCAUCCAAACAGACAAGGAUAAUGGAAUAAUAACGAUUACUGAUUCUGGGAUUGGUAUGACGAGGCAAGAACUUGUUGAUUCUCUUGGAACUAUCGCAAGCAGUGGAACUGCCAAAUUCCUGAAGACAUUAAAGGAGAGCCAGGAAGCUAAUGUUGAUAGCAACUUGAUUGGCCAAUUUGGUGUUGGUUUCUAUUCGGCAUUUCUUGUUUCAGACAAGGUCGCUGUGUCAACAAAGAGCCCAAAAUCAGAACAACAAUAUGUUUGGGAAGCAGAAGCAGAAUCUAAUUCCUACACCAUUCGAGAAGAGACAGAUCCAGAGAAGCUCAUUCCUAGGGGAACUCGUCUUACACUUUACCUGAAGCGUGAUGACAAGGGUUUUGCUCACCCUGAGAGGAUCCAAAAACUUCUGAAGAAUUACUCUCAGUUUGUUUCUUUCCCAAUUUACACUUGGCAAGAGAAGGGCUUCACAAAAGAGGUUGAGGUUGACGAGGAUCCUGCUGAAGUUAAAACAGAAGGUGAUGGUGAACCCAAAAAAGAGGUUAAGAAAAAGACAAAAACCGUUGUGGAGAAGUAUUGGGACUGGGAGCUUACAAAUGAAACACAACCUAUUUGGCUUCGGACUCCUAAGGAGGUAUCAACUGAGGAGUACAAUGAAUUUUACAAGAAGACCUUCAACGAGUAUUUGGAUCCCUUGGCCUCCUCACACUUCACUACAGAGGGUGAAGUAGAAUUCAGGUCAAUUCUGUAUGUGCCUGCUACAAAGAAAGAGGACAUAACUGAUAGGAAGACUAAAAAUAUCAGGCUUUAUGUCAAGCGGGUGUUCAUAUCAGACGACUUCGAUGGAGAACUGUUCCCAAGAUACCUGAGCUUUGUGAAGGGUGUUGUUGACUCAAAUGACCUUCCCCUAAAUGUUUCUCGUGAGAUCCUUCAAGAGAGUCGAAUUGUGCGUAUAAUGAGAAAGAGAUUGGUGCGGAAGGCCUUUGAUAUGAUACUCGGCAUUUCUUGUAGUGAAAACAGAGAUGACUAUGAAGCAUUCUGGGAGAACUAUGGCAAAUUUUUGAAGCUUGGUUGCAUGGAAGACAAGGAAAAUCACAAAAGAAUUGCUCCCUUGCUCCGUUUCUUUUCUUCUCAAAGCAAUGAGGAAUUAAUUAGCUUGGAUGAAUAUGUGGAGAGUAUGAAACCAGAGCAGAAGGCCAUUUAUUACAUUGCUGGAGAUAGUUUGAGCAGUGCCAAAAAUGCUCCUUUCUUAGAGAAGCUCAAUGAAAUGGGUUAUGAGGUUUUACUUUUGAUUGACCCUAUGGAUGAAGUGUCUCUCACAAAUCUGAACUCCUACAAGGAUAAGAGUUUCGUGGAUAUUAGCAAGGAAGACCUGGACCUAGGUGAUAAAAAUGAGGAAAGAGAAAAGGAAAUGAAGCAGGAAUACAGUCAAACCUGUGACUGGAUCAAGAAACGUUUGGGUGAGAGGGUUGCUCGGGUUGAUGUAUCCAACCGUCUCAGCUCAUCACCAUGUGUUCUAGUUGCAGCCAAGUUUGGUUGGUCAGCCAAUAUGGAAAGGUUAAUGAGGGCGCAAUCUAUAGGUGAUACAUCUUCUCUGGAUUUCAUGCGUUCCAGGAAAGUAUUUGAAAUAAAUCCAGAGCAUGAGAUAAUCAAGCGAUUGAAUGCUGCGUGCAGAAUCAACCCUGACGACCCAGAAGCUCUAAAGGCAAUCGACAUCCUCUUUGAAACUUCAAUGAUUUCUAGCGGCUUUACGCCUGAUAACCCAACUGACCUGAGCGGGAAGAUCUAUGACAUGAUGAGCACAGCUAUGGCGGGCAAGUGGGCGUCGCAGCCCCAACCUGCCCAGCCAAGCCAGCAGCCUGCUGCACCUAGUAGCUCUGAACCUGAGCCGCUUGAAGCCGAGGUGGUGGAACCCGUCGAGGCUGGCCAGCAGAAGUGAGAAUCCGCAUCGUGGGAAAUCCAUCAGGGUCGAUGUCAAGUGCAUACGCGGGUGCUAUCCCAAGCUCUCUGCUUGUUCCUUUUUUAUUAUGUCGGAAUCGGUUUACACGGCAUGUAUGAUGAGCCGUGCGAGUGCUAGUAUACACUUAUCCUAGAUAGGGUUGUGGUGAUACUAAUAAUAGUACUGAACAUUUUGGCCUUGAACACGCUGCCUGCUACUUUACUUAUUCGACUACCUUAUCGGAAA